AUGUAUGCGUGUGUGUUUAUCUUCGUAUUCGCCCUUGUCGCCGAAUUUGCGUUCGGGAAUGUCGAAGUUAACGACGACAAACACUUUUUCCACAAACCUCGACCGUACUUCCACAAACCUCGUCCAUACUUCCACAAGCAUGGCAUUUACAAGAAGGGUUAUGGAAAGGGUUUGGGCGGCGGUGGCGGUCUAGGUGGCGGUGGCGGUCUAGGAGGCGGUGGUGGUUUGGGUGGAGGAGGUGGUUUAGGCCACGGUGGCGGUUUGGGCGGAGGAGGUGGUCUAGGCCACGGUGGUGGUCUAGGAGGCGGUGGUGGUUUAGGAGGAGGAGGCGGUUUGGGCGGAGGAGGCGGUGGUGGUUUAGGAGGAGGAGGCGGUUUGGGUGGAGGAGGCGGUCUAGGCCACGGUGGCGGUUUGGGCGGAGGCGGCGGUCUAGGCCACGGGGGCGGUCUAGGUGGAGGUGGAGGUCUAGGAGGAGGUGGUGGUGGUGGUUUAGGUGGAGGAGGUGGGUUAGGCGGUGGAGCUGGAGGAGGAUAUGGUGGUGGUGCAGGAGGAGGAUAUGGUGGUGGUGCUGGAGGAGGAGGAGGAUUUGGCGGAGGAGGAGGAUUCGGCGGUGGGGCCGGUGGUGGAGGAGGAUUUGGAGGUGGUUAUGGUGGUGGUGAUUCUGAAUACUACUCAGCCGAUGAAAGCUACGAAGUCUACAUUAACAACACCGAAGCAGAACUCUCACACUCUCACUCCCUUAAUCACGUCACGCGAUGUGAGAAUGAAGAAUUAGAGAGAUCUUCUCCUCUCCGCACGACAUUAUACAGACCAAGGGAGCUUCCGAUAACGUUAGCUGAUGAUGCGCUUGGUAUUCAAGCCUUUACGCAGUUCAAAAAUGAGUUUGAUACUCGUGGUUGCAACCAUAGUGACUUCUCUAAUGGAGUCUGGUGCGAUAACUCGACCGGUGAGAUCACGAAGCUACGACUCAGUGCUUGUCUCAGUGGAACCUUGAAGCCCAACAGUAGCCUCUUUGGAUUGCAUCAUCUUCGUUACCUUAAUCUCUCUGGAAACAACUUCAUCUCCUCUUCACUCCCUUUCGAGUUUGGCAAUCUCAACAAAUUAGAGGUUUUAUAUCUUUCCUUUAAUGGCUUCGUCGGCCAAGUUCCUUCCUCAUUUAGUAACCUAAGCAUGCUUUCCUAUUUAGACCUAUCCCAUAACGAGCUCACUGGUAGUUUCCCACUUGUGCGGAAUCUAACUAAGCUCAUAGCUUUAAGACUUCUUCACAAUCACUUCUCCGGAACUCUGAAUUCCAAAAGUAGCCUCUUUGAGCUGCACGAGCUCAUUUACCUUAAUCUCGCAUUUAACAGCUUCAGUUCUUCACUCCCUUUCGAAUUUGGAAAUCUAAAAAAAUUGGAGUUUUUGGCUCUUUCCUCUAAUAGCUUCUUCGGUCCAGUUCCUCCCACAAUUAGUAACAUGACGUCGUUAACCGCGUUGUACCUUGCCAAAACCAGUCUCACCGGUAGUUUCCCACUUGUGCAAAACCUAACUAAGCUCUCUCAACUACAUAUUUUUGAUAGCCACUUCUAUGGAACCAUCCCGUCGUCUCUCUUCACUCUGCCUUUCUUAAAAAACCUUGAUCUAGGUGGAAACCAGUUCACCGGUUCCAUUGAACAUCCAAACUCCUCUUCAUCGUCAAGGCUAGAGCAUUUGUACAUUGGGAACAACGGUUUUGAAGGAAAAGUAUUAGAGUCAGUUUCAAAGUUCAUCACCCUCAAAGUUCUCGACAUUUCUUUCCCGAAAACAAGUUAUCCAGUAGACCUAAGCCUCUUCUCCUCUUUAAACUUUUUGGUGUACCUCGAUGUGUCAGGUAACAAUAUAUCUCGAGCUAGUUUAAGACCUGAUUCCGCAAUCCCACUGAACCUAGACUCUCAUGCCGACCAUGUUGGGAUCGUUUCUGCGUUUGCAUUUUUUUUUGCUACUCUUGCUCUGUUGUGUAUCCCGUCAAGCUUCUCAAUUGUCACUCUUAAUAAUGGCCAUGGUGGUCUUGUUGGUUGUCAUCGCCACCAGAUUCAAGCCUUUACGCAGUUCAAAAACGAGUUUGAUACUCGUGGUUGUAACCAUAGUGACUACUCUAAUGGAGUCUGGUGCGAUAACUCGACCGGUGGGAUCACGAAGCUACAACUCAGAGACUGUCUCAGUGGAACCUUGAAGCCCAACAGUAGCCUCUUUGGGUUGCAUCAUCUUCGUUACCUUAAUCUCUCUGAAAACAACUUCAGCUCCACUUCACUCCCUUUCGAUUUCCUUGGCCAAAUUCCUUCCUCAUUUAGUAACCUAAGCAUGCUUUCCUUUUUAGACCUAUCCCAUAACGACCUCACUGGUAGUUUCCCACUUGUGGGGAAUCUAACUAAGCUCACAGUUUUAAAGCUUUCUUACAAUCACUUCUCCGGAACUCUGAAUUCUAAAAUUAGCCUCUUUGAGUUGCACCAGCUCCGUCAGCUUGAUCUGGACUUUAACAACUUCAAUUCUUCACUCCCUUUCGAAUUUGGAAGUCUCAACAAAUUAGAGAUCUUGUCUCUUUCCUCUAAUGGCUUCUUGGGUCAUGUUCAUCCCAUAAUUAGUAACUUAACUCGAUUAACCGAGUUGCACCUUGGCGAAAACGGUCUCAUUGAAAAUCACUUUGAUGGAACCAUUUCUUCUUCUCUACUCACUCUGCCCUUCUUGGAAGAAAUUGAUCUAAGUCAUAACCAGUUCACCGGUUCCAUUGAACAUCCCAACUCCUUUUCAUCGUCAAGGGUAGAGCAUCUGUACCUUGGAAACAACAAUUUUGAAGGAAAUAUAGUAGAACCUAUCUCAAAGUUCAUCACCCUCAAAGAUCUCGACCUUUCAUUCCUAAAAGCAAGUUAUUUAAUAGACCUAAGCCUCUUCUCCUCUUUCAAACUUUUGGAGUACCUUGGAGAUUGA